AUGGACUACGAAUUGAGCGAUGAAGAGCUUCGUGCAAAAGAGGCCGAGUUGGCAAAUGGUCCAACGUUUGAAGAUCUAGCAAUUGAUGAUAGUCUUAGUGACUUGCAGCGUGUCACCAAGUACGUGUGCAGUAACAUUGCAUUACAGCGCGUUAUUCAUGUCAAAAUGUUGCACGAAACGGCGCGUUCCGUGGGGUUUCAAGCCACAUGUGACCAGCUACUGCCAUUGCUGGAACCACUGGUGUGUGACGUUGAGUACGUUGUACGACAGCACGUGGCGUUGCAAUUCCCGCUCUUGUGUCAGUUUCUAGUCGAGACGGAGCCUCAAAUUGGCUACAAAGUGUUACUGGAUAAACUUAUUCCAUUGGUGACAAAGCUCGUAUCGGACGAGCAGCACGAGGUUCGCUCAGCUGCAAGUGAGAGUCUUGUAGAUAUGGCAGCACUUGUCAAGUUGGAGGACCAGGGACAGCACGUACUAACGAUCGUACUGCCUCUGGCACAUGACGACGACAAUGAACAAUUUCGAAUUUCAGCCGUGACAUUGUACAAUGAAUUGGCCGAACAUUUUGGACCGGAAUUGUGUCAACAGUUUUGUGUACCUGAACUUAUUUCAUUGUCGGAAGAUCCGGUGUUUCGAGUACGCAAAUCAACGGCACUUAGCUUUUCUAAUGUUUGCAAGACGGCAGGUAUGGAACUUAGUCGGGAAAGGCUGAUUCCAGCGUUUCAACGACUAGCCAAGGAUGACAUUUGGGGUGUGCGAAAAGCUUGUGCCGAGUGUUUUGUAAAUGUUGCACUCGCGCUGGCACCAACAGACCGUGGACCAAUAUUGAUACCGAUGUUUGAGAGUUUUGUAAUUGACUCGUCGCGGUGGGUUCGCAUGGCAGCGUACCAAAGUUUGGGGCCAUUUUUGGCGGCAUUGGAAAAAGAUCAGGUUACAGAUGAACUGGUGGAGCACUUUGCGAGCAUGGCAACGACAGCGGCAUCACAGCUUGGUGGCAGUGGCGAGGUAGAUAUCAAGUUUCAUUGUGCAUAUAACUUCCCGGCGGUAGCAAGUAUCCUGGGCGCCACAAACUGGCGAAAGUUAUCUCCGAUUUUCGAGCGGCUGCAUAGCGACACAUAUUGGAAAAUUCGGCGGUCAUUUGCGUAUUCUUUGCACGAGCUGGCACGAAUUUUAGGCCAGGGUAUAACAGAAACCCAGCUAGCUACAGCGUUUGACAGUUAUCUUCAUGACGUACAAGAUGUUCGGCUAGGUGCGAUGCUGCACUUUGCUGACUUUUUGGAGAAUGUAUCUCCAUCAUUUCGUGAAAGCUAUUUACCCGUGCUCGCGGAAUUCAACUCAUUCGAUAAUACCACCAAAUGGCGCUUUCGCGAAGUUCUGAGUGGCCAGCUAGCGCAGCUGUGCCACACUUUCACACCUGAGGCGACAUUUUCGGUGAUUCACCCCCUAGUGUUCAAGCUCGUUACAGACCCGGUCGCUGUAGUGCGAGAACAAAGCUAUCAUGCUUGCCCGUUGUUAGUGGCACGUUUAAACUCGAAUGCGGAGUGGUUGAUUGCUGUUGUUGAUAAAUUCGAGACCCUUGCACACUCUUCACAUUAUAAGGACAGACAGUGUUUUGUAAAAAUCUGUGCCUCUUUCCUGAUUGCCAAGCAUGAUGAAAGCGAAGCUCAGGAGGACAUAGCGCUGACUAACGCCGCUCGCGACUUUUUUUCGUCUAAACUGGCAGCCGUGUUUUUCACAUUGGCACUGGAUCCAGUGUCAAAUGUCCGAAUAGUAUUCGCCGCAACGGCGAUCAAACAUCAACAGUUGUGCCGAGAACACCCUGAGUGUCCAGACAUCUUACGAGGUAUUUUGACUGCUACGACAUUCAGUAAUGUCGACGCGCUUGCUGUUGUUCUGUCUGAACGAGUAAAAGUACUACUCGAGGCACAGGCUAAAGAAGAUGUGGAGGCAACGAGCAAAGAGGCAAUGGAAGCCUCAGCAACCAGGUUAGAUGCUGAGAAGGAAAUAGAAGGCAGUUCCGAGGCUGAAGCAGAAACACUGGAGACUGUAUCAAUGGUACCUGAUGGGAAAGUGGGUGAACCUGAGGUAGUUGAAGCCAAGGUGAAAGAGGUGAAAGAGGUGAAAGCUAAGAUAGCUGAAGAGAAAGAAGUAAAACCUGACAUUGCCAAAGCUCUGGUAGUGUUAGAAGGCGCGGCUACAGAGAUUUCAGUUCUUCUGCCGACUUCAUCACAGGUAACAGCACCGAUAAAAGGUGCUCACCGGGCAUCGUUGGUUUCUGACCAGGAGUCGCCAUCUGACGAGUUAUCUAGCUCGUCGACUGCGAUGACAACGGAAGAGCCUCACUCCAAAACUAAUGGAGAGUUGGCAAGUUCAACACAUACAGACACAAGCCUCGCUACUUAA